UGUUGCGCCGCCGCCCGCGGGAGCCGGCAGAUCCGGGUCUCGUGGCUUAGAGUGACGUGGUCAGUCGGAUCAAAACAGAGGAGGGGAGGAAGCCGGCGGCCAGGAGCGGCGGCGGCAGCGGCUUACCGAGCAGCCGCAGCGUUCCGGAAGCUGCAGGCGGGCUUUCUGCCGAGGCUUAGUCCGGGCCCCCAUCCUCCCCGCCCCGUCGGUUGUUGUCUGGGCGGAUUUAAACAGUCAAGUUAAAUCAAGCUGGGUAAUCAUGGCAGAAGGUGGAUUCGAUCCCUGUGAAUGUGUUUGCUCUCAUGAACAUGCGAUGAGAAGGCUGAUCAAUCUGUUGAGGCAGUCCCAGUCCUACUGCACAGACACAGAAUGUCUUCAGGAAUUGCCAGGGCCCUCUAGUGAUAACGGCGUCAGCAUUACCAUGAUCUUGAUGGCCUGGGUGGUUAUUGCAGUGAUCUUGUUUCUACUGAGACCUCCUAAUCUCAGAGGAUCCAACCUAACUGGAAAACCAGCCAGUCCUCAUAAUGGACAAGAUCCACCAGCCCCUCCUGUGGACUAACUUUGUGGACAUGGGAAGUGAAAAUAGUUUAACACCUUGCACGACCAAAUGAACGAAGAUGACCAGAGUACUCUUAACCCCAUUAGAACUGUUUUUUCUUUUGCAUCUGCAGUAUGGGAUGGUAUUGUUUUCAUGAGCUUCUAGAAAUUUCACUUGCGAGCUUAUUUUUGCUUCCUGUGUCAUCACCUUUCCUAUAUUUGAGUAAAUGAUUACAUUAAAAAGUUACAUGGGGCUUUUUUGGUUAUCCUAAACUUAAACAUUCCAUUCGUUCUGUUUGUAACUGUGAUCAUAAUUUUUGUGGUAAUUUCUGGCCUGAUAGAAAGAAAUUUGAGAUCUCUACAUUUAAAUAUUUUAAGUAGUUUCAAUGGGUUUAAAAAUUGUUUUUUUAAUAAGGUAUCUAUAAAGUUAUUUGGGGUUACCUGAGAUUGUAUGAAAGGAAAUUAGAACCACACUGUAUUUAUAUUUACCUUGGUAGUUAUUUGUGGAUGGCAGUUUUCUCUAGUUCUUAGGACUAUGACAACUUUUGGAAUAUUUUACAAAUUACAGCUGAAAUCUGUAUCAUCCACUACAGAUGAUUUAUGUGACUAAAGAAAAGGAGAAAAGAAAUAACUGUUUACUAAGUUUUUAUUCCCAUAAAAUGUCUAAUAUUAAGAAAACUUUAAAUAAACAUGAUUUAAAUAUGGUGGAUGAUUUACAGUCCAUUAUAUGAAAUUUGUAAGCCUCUGCACACUAGCCUUAUUACACAGUUCAUGAAAGGAGGAAAAAAUUUAAUUCUUUCUACCUUUGCUAGGUAUAAUCUAUACAGUAAUAAUUUAAGCUAUAACUUAUUUUUAAAGUGGGUGCCUCUCAGGAAGCUGCUUUUGUGUUAUAAACUUCCCUGUUAAAUGAAACGAUCUUAAAGCUAUCUUGGGGGCCUGCUUGGUUACUGACAUUUGAAUGCUAUUUACUUACUCUUUUUUUUUUUUUUGGAAGAAAAAAUUUAGAGUCUUGUUAUCUUUCUGACUUCAAAAAAUAUUUAAUGAAUUCUUGGUUUACUCCAAGGGAAAAGGAGGGAAAUGAGAAACAAUCAAGGAUAUUUUUUCUCAACCUCUGUCUCAUUCUUGUUUGGUAAUAGGGUGGAUUGAGGUGGGGUGGGGAGGAGCGCUAAUAUAAGGAAAAUUUUGAAAUGUAUAAAAAUGUAAAAGGUUUCAUUUGUUUUUGUUCAGUUUGAAAGAAAAUGAAUACAAAUGGCAUAAAAAGUCUGCAUGACCUGUGUGGUUAUAGAAUUUUUUUCUAACAAAUGAUUGCAGAUGAUUUAUGGGGGCUAGAAGAUAUUUUGCUGUCAGUGUAAGGAUGCUCCCCCUCCCAGAUCAGUUUAGCUUUUCACUGUAUAGAUCUGAGAAAUUACUUGUAUGAAUUGAAUAAACUUCUCUAUAUUAUUGUACUGUUUAAUAGAGUCUCUGAUACAAUUACGUGACACGCGUAGGGUAUUUUUCUCCUUUAUUAUGAUUCUGUUCUAGGCUGUAAACACUGUUAAGGGCUUCAUUUCAUUAUAUAAUCCUAUAUCGAAUGCUUGCAUUCCUCCUGUGCAUCUUGGCUUUGUGCUCAACUUUUCUUGAAAUAAAAUAACCUACUGUUAAUUACUUGUGUUAAUCGAGGGGUAUCAUAACACAGGUAAGUCAAAUCCUGGGUAAAAGAACACCAUAGAUUUAAGGUUUUUCCUCUCAAUAUGGCCUAUUAAAAGCCUUCUCAGCUUCAUAGCUUUUAAAGCAGAAAGGGUAGGAAUGGCCUAAGAUGGAGCUGACCCUUGUAAUCAUUUCUUUUUCUCCCCUUGCCCCUGAACUUUGAAGGCUGGCACAUAUCUUGUAAUGGUCUGCUCUUUAAGCUGCUAGAAAGCUAGUCUCUGGAAGAGAUAGUGAUGUGUCACUGAAUCUGUGGUUCACAAAGAACUAAGAAUUGACUUUGGGGAAUUCCCUGGUGGUCCAGUGAUUAGGACUCCAUCCUUUCACUGCCGAGGGCCCAGGUUCAAUCCCUGACCAGGGAACUGGGACCCUGUAAGCCAUGUGGAGUGGCAAAACAAAAAAAGAAUAGACUUUGUUUGAAGGAAGUGGCUGUGACCUGGAGACAAUAUCUAGUAAUAGCUAGAGACCUGGAAAUCUGGGUUCUUAUUCCUAGUUCUUCAUUUCUGUCACAUAGACUUAAUUGACAUUACAUUAGAAUAUUAACCUUUUCCUAUAUGGACCGUCUAUUUAAUUAAUAACAAAAGUUCUUAGUGAAGUAUUUAGUCUUGGUUUUUCUGCUUGUACAAUUUCCCUGCCCUCCCAACAAAGACAGUAUGUGGUAGCACAUAAGGUGUUCCUUUUAACCUAAUUAGUAAUUUAUAUUAUUCUGUUUUAUCCGUAAAGCUUCUACAUGUGGCCUUUUUAUUGAGCACACUCUUACUCAUUAUUUGGCUUGUAAACAUUCACCUAAAUAUGGCUACAAUAAUUUUUAAAUAGCCUGGAAAAAAGCUUCACAUUUUAAUCACUUUUGGCUCUUAAACAGCCCACAAAUGCCAUUAAUAGUUUAUUUUGUUUUAGAGUUAUUUAAUGUUAUUUUAUGCAAAAUAAUGUUUGUCUUGUUUUGUUUUGCUUUCCACGUGGAAAAAACAGAACUGUGUAUUGUAAAAGAUUUUAUCAUGUAUCUAUCCAAACACUAUCCCAUGUUCAACAAGUCAUAUUUUAAUUUUAACUACUUGGAGAGAGUUUCUAAAGUAACUAUUAACUACAGCUAUUCAGUGGUUACUUUUAGUGUCUUUGUGAUAUGCGAUGUUACAGUGUUUAUAAAUUAUCUAUAUCUUGUAUUUUCAAAGGAACCUCAGAAGUCUCACACCCUGAAUCAAAGUCUGUCACUCUAAAUGAAUAUGUGCUAAAAUUUGACCAGCUCAGCUUAAGACACAAAACAGCAACUUGAAGGAGAAAUCGAGAGAGUUUAAAUUAAUGGGUGAAAUUUUUGUUGUUGCAAUAGUAGGUUUAGUCUUAACUUUAUAACAUUUCUAAAUGAAAAGUCACAUGUAUUUGUUACUGUGUCUGAUGAUUACUUUGUUAAAAGCAAAAGUGGUCAUGUGAUGUACCAAAUGUUAACUGCUGUUUUUAAAUGUUUAAAUCAUGCCAAACAAAUCAUGUCCGUGCCAUCCAGGGUUUAUUGUAAUCUUUUACUGAGUACUUGGAUUGGGAAAAAGGGCUUGUACUAUGCACUUUUUAUUAAUGAAUAAAUAGAAAACAUUAGUAACA